AUGACCGCCGCGAAGCUCGUCGAUAUGGCUAUUGCGCGCAAGAACACCAAGGAUCAAUACAUCAAGGAGGAGAAGACGUACGAGACACAUAAGCUUCGACGGCAAGGUGGCCGAGGACCCGAGGUCAUCAAACGCAUCUCGCAGCACGCCUCUUGGCACGCCACCAGCAUCGUCUGCAAGAUUACCCUCCGCUACCAGAAAAUCCGUGACAGCGGUAGCCUUUCCUUCCACAAUUGUCUCCUUGUAACCGCCAGACUCGAGCGCUUCAGCCCUGACCCACGGAACGAAGAGACAACGAAUCUGUCGGAUACCCGGACACGACGAGCCAAUGGAGUUGAGAACUCCAGGGGAUCGGUACCUCGGUAG